AUGGUCUCACCAAAGUAUUUCGAAAAGUAUUUUAGGGCGCACGAUUGUUGUAAUCUCACGCGUCUGAGGCGAUUCAUUCAAGCAGUGCUAGCCUACACGGGAGCACCAAAAGUGUCGCUCAUUACUCAUGGCAUGGGUGUUACACUGAUAGGAUCCCCUAGCGAGGAGGCAUGA